UAAAGAUGAUCACAGCGUUGCCAGUGCCCUCGGUGAAGGUCUUUCACAAAACUUACUACCAGGAAAAAGGAUCCAGGAUAGGGAGCAGUCAGCCUGGAAGUCCUUUGGCCGAGAGUGAAGCAGUGCUGGCGCUAGUUGACAAAGAACCUCCGGAAUACUAUUUCUGUGGAAAGGUUAAUUCUUUGCACGUGGUGGUUGGAUCAUUGCUGUUGGGUGCAGUGGUGUUGGUGGUAGGCCUGGUGCAGCUCGCACCUGGGGCAGAAGCUGCACAAAACUCGACCGCCCUUAUCGUCGUUGGAUGCAGCCUGCUGGUGAUUGGUGUGUUCCUCGCGCCUCUCAGAGCUUUGUGCAUCAAGAAACAAAAGGCUGCACAGAAGGACGGGACGCAUCAAAGAAGUGUCACCAGCAUAGACAUGCUAUUAGCUCAACACAGAGACUUCACGGUGCUGACGCCGGACGAACUGGAGGACCUCGUCGGCCGGCCAACCUCCGCCCUGGAGAAUAAAAUCCGCAAGCAGGGCCACAAUACCUAGGUGUUGUCGGCCUCGAGGAAGGCCCAUUCAUCGUCACCACCGUGCUCGAACACACCAUCGUCAUCGACGUCGCCAGGAACUAGCUCAUCCAUUCUCUACACGCAUCGUUACGACUCUCGUGAACAUAGUCUGGUUUAAGCAACAAACGAAACGUAAAAAAAAGAAAAAAAGAAAAA